UACAGCCUCCUGCCAGGCACCCUGGGUAGGUUGUGGCCAGCCUCUGCUCCCUUUCCCAGCCUGGUCUGUCCUAUUGCCGGUGAGUGGCCCUAGUCCCCCUCCCCUGACGUGGCCCAGCCCCUCCUCUCCAGCCUUGGCAACCCAGCCCUCAUUGGCUGCACGUAUCCUUGGAGAUGGACACCAGCAGAGCAAACACAGGCCCAAGAAGGGCUACGGGGCAGAAUGGUUCCUCCGUCUCCUCUCCUUCCCCCUCACUGCCAUGAGGGAUCUGUGCACCACCCAGAACCAAGCCUGCUGGCAAGAGUGCAUCCAGAAGGAGGCCGCAGCCCGGGUCGCCUGGAAGAUCCACUAUGGCCACAAGUACCUAAAGGGGGGGCCCACGCCCAGGAAGCGGGUCCAGCGGGCCCCCUUCGGCUCAGCCUUGGCUGCCACCAGCUCCCCUGAGAGCAAGGAGGUACAGGUCGGGUGGCCAGAGUCCAAGGGGGUCAGGGAUCAGCUGUCUGGGGGAGGGGGUGUCCAGGGCCCGUCGCCCAAGGGAAACAAAGUCUGGGAGGCCCAAAGAGCAACUCAAGGGCCGUCAGUCCAGCCCAAGCCAGAGGGCUUAGAAAUGAGGCAGGUUCCCCCCAGCACCCUGCAGUUGUUUUUCCAAGGCCUCUCUCACGAUGGCCAAGGCCGGGCCUUGUACCUCCGGGAGCGGCAUCGCCAGAAGCCUGAGGAGAAGUUUCUGUACCCGAUCCUGUCAUCCUGGGAGUACGGCUGGCACAUGGGGGACACAGGUGCCAUGAAGGACACCAGGGCUCCGACUUAUGCCAGGCGCCAGCCCAUCACAAAGACCUUUUACAUCAAAAGCGGCGUCUUCCAUUUUCCACGGCGAACAGACCAGCUAAUGUGAGCUCACUGGGGGUUCAGAAGUUGCUCCUGCCUCUUCCUAUCGUCUGUGUGGACCCUGCCGAGCAGAGAUGCCGCCAGCCCCAGCCACCCUCCCUCUGUUGUGUCCAGCCCUGUCUCCUGUCUACCCUGGGCACCCCUCCGGGAUUCAGGGUGGCCCACCUGCUGCCUCUUGUAUGUCCUCAGAGAAUCAGCUCCUUGCAGAGCCCCCAAACCCUCCAUCACCAGCAACGUGUAGGGUGCUAGCUGCUCUCCUGGGGGAAACAGUGGGGUCUCCCACGUGCUCCAGCAGCAGCGUGGUGGGGGUGGGGGGGGGGAGGGGCUCGCUAAGAUCUUAUUAUGGUGCUAAGUGGAGGAGGGGACUCUCUCCCAGUCUUUACUUGCUCUUCAUUUUAUCAAAGGGACCCACAGCAGAAUUGCUUGGUCCCUGUGUAUCCCACAGUUUAGGGAAGAAGUGGUUUCCAUGUUGACUUGCUGUUUCUCUCACCACCCACCCCACAAAGAGCCUGCAUGGGUCAGGUUUGCUUUGCUGCUGUAACAAACAGCCACUACAUCCCACUUGCUUUAACCAGUAAAGAUAUAUUUCUUACAACACAGUGCAGUCUGAUGUUCAACCGGCCACCUGCCACGCACUGAUCUGGGGAUCCAGGCCUGUCCCAUAAGGUGGCUCUGCCAUCUCCUAGGGCCUCGGAGUCCUUCCCUGAGUCCUUCUACAUCCAACUGGGGACCAGGGAAGAGAGAUGGAGAGUCUGCAGACAGCACGCCCACUCUUAACUGCCUUGGCCUGAAACUGACAAAUGUUACUUCCUGUUACAUUCUGUUGGUGAGAACACAUCCUAUGACUUCUAGAUGUGUGAAGGCUGGGAGAGUUGUAUCUCUCCCGGUCUGCCUCUUACCCUGAAACUUCACAGAAAAGCUAGGCCACUUAAAGCUGCAAUUUGAGCUCAUUUGCCUGGGUUUCCCUCAUCAACUUUGGGACAGUACUUGAGUGCAAAAGAGCAAGAGGCAGAGAGUGUGAGCAAAGGCCAAUGUGUGCGUGCAAUUCUGCUGGAACUUGCACCGUAGCCUUGCACACCAGAGGUGCUUGGCAAUUGCCUGCUGAAUUUGAUCAAAUACCAAAGAACAUCUGGAUUCCUCUAGGGCCAUUUGAUUGACUGUAACAUCCAUUGAUCUAGCAGCUGCUGAAAGUCAGGUUCAGCCUGGGGUCUUGGGGAAUAAGAAGCCAGAUCUGGCUCACAGCACAGGGUGAGGAUGGUUGGGAUGGGGCAGUG